UUCUGUCACAUGAAGUCUUUUCCUGCCAUGAAACACCUAAAAAUAGCCUCUGAGGAUGAUCAAAAAUAACUUUCGUUCUACUGAGUUGCCCAUGCGGAAAUUACAUGGAAACCUGAACUGAAGAGGCUUGGCUUUCAAAUCUUGUGUUGUAUUUCAACUUUGCUAGAAGAAUUUGACAUCUGCCCCAUACUCUUUUCCAGAAUGAGCCGUCCAAUGGAAGAAGAACCGGUGGGGAAGAAUGAGGAAGAAGAGUUCAAUACUGGACCACUUUCUGUACUCAUGAUGAGUGUUAAAAAUAAUACACAGGUACUGAUAAAUUGUCGCAACAACAAAAAGCUUCUAGGUCGUGUCAGGGCAUUUGAUAGGCACUGCAACAUGGUUCUUGAAAAUGUCAGGGAAAUGUGGACAGAGGUUCCAAAGACUGGUAAAGGAAAGAAGAAAGCUCAGCCAGUGAACAAGGAUAGAUUCAUCAGCAAGAUGUUCCUUCGUGGAGAUUCUGUCAUCAUUGUUCUUAGGAACCCAAAAUAAGCUAGUAUUACCAUGAGUAUAUGUUGCAGUUGGAUCUUAUUUUGCCUUAAAGUCUUGGUAAUUAGGCACUGUGGACUGAAAAGCCUUCAGUUUUUAUUGAUAUAUACUGGUGAAUUUGGGUGGACAAGGCUAGUGUUUUGUGGAUCUUUUUUAACAUGUACAAUUAAGGAGUGUAUGUAACGGUUUUAACUCUGUAAAGAGCCUGUGUUAAAUUUGUACUACACCACCAAUUUUAGGCUAUUAAUAGUCGUUCCUGCUACACAAUAAUCAACAUGUUUUUUAACGUGA